CGGGGGCCGAGAGGUGGCGCGUGCGCGGCGGAAGUAGGUGCGCGUGACGGGGUGCGCCGCAAGCGCCGGCUACGUUGCGGGAAGGGAAGCCCGCCCUGGGGCGGCGGGGCUCGGCUGCUGCGAGGAGGUGGUGGGCUGGUUCGGACGCGGGUCGAGGCUGUAGCAGGACUCCAGGAAGAUGUUACCGAGUACUUCAGUGAAUUCCUCAGUGCAGGGGAACGGAGUCUUGAAUUCCAGGGAUGCAGCAAGACACACAGCCGGAGCGAAACGCUACAAAUAUCUGAGAAGGCUUUUCCGCUUUCGGCAGAUGGACUUUGAAUUUGCUGCCUGGCAGAUGCUCUACCUGUUCACGUCCCCACAGAGAGUUUACAGAAAUUUUCAUUAUCGAAAACAGACGAAGGACCAGUGGGCCAGAGAUGACCCUGCUUUCUUGGUCCUGUUAAGUAUCUGGCUCUGUGUGUCCACUAUAGGAUUUGGCUUUGUGCUGGACAUGGGAUUCUUUGAGACAAUAAAGCUUCUCCUUUGGGUUGUAUUCAUAGAUUGUGUAGGCGUUGGUCUUCUGAUAGCAACUUUAAUGUGGUUCAUCUCUAACAAGUAUUUAGUGAAACGACAGAGCAGAGACUAUGAUGUGGAAUGGGGCUAUGCUUUUGAUGUGCAUCUCAAUGCUUUUUAUCCACUCCUGGUCAUUUUGCAUUUUAUCCAGCUUUUUUUCAUCAACCAUGUUAUCCUGACAGACACAUUUAUUGGAUAUUUAGUUGGAAAUACCUUAUGGUUGGUUGCAGUUGGUUAUUAUAUCUAUGUAACUUUCCUGGGAUACAGUGCAUUGCCAUUUUUGAAAAAUACAGUAAUUCUUCUGUAUCCAUUUGCACCUCUGAUUCUGCUCUACGGGCUGUCCCUGGCACUGGGAUGGAACUUCACCCAUACUCUGUGUUCUUUCUAUAAGUACAGAGUGAAAUAAAAAAAAGUGAGAAUAUUCAAUUAUAACUGUGUCAACAGUAUUGUGAAGUGAUCAUUUCUUGUAAAACUUGUAAAUAAACUAUCUUUGUAGGUAUCUUAAAGGUGUAAAGUUUGCAAAUUUGAAGAAAUAUAUAUUAACUCUGUGGUCAGGUACAUUCCUUAAAACUAAUUAAAUGUACAUUUCUAUAAUAAAUAUUUUUUAAACUAAAA